AGCACCUCUACUCAGGAAUCAUCAGCACUUCCCCAGAACCAACAUGCCACAAGCAUGGAGACCACCAGCCAACAUGAAACCAGCACCCUCACAGAGGUAACCACGUCAACUCUUUCCUCUACCACAACUGGACACACUCUGACACACACAGUUUCUCAACGGACUUCAUCUCCCGAUGGAACAACCACCCCACCUGAUUCCAGUGUCAGCAGCACACCCCCACCCACAUCAGAGGUGCUCAUUUCAACACCCUCCACAGACUCCACUCAGGGUAACACAGGGAACACAAUUUCCAUGAUUACUGAAAGAUCCACACUAUUCACUACAGGAGUCCCAAUACCAGCUUCACCAAAUGAACUCUCAACGGUGACAACACCCAGAACUUCUACUCAGGAAUCAUCAACAGUUCCUCAGAACCAACACACUGAAAACAUACAGACCACCAGCAGUCCCCAAAGCAGCACCCCCACAGAGGCCACCACCUCCACUCUUUCAUCCUCCUCAAAUAGACCCACUUUGGCUCAAACAGUUUCUCAGGAGACAUCCUCUCCAGGUGAAAUCACUACCUCAACACCUUCUGUCAGCAGUACACUCACAACCACUUCCGAAGUGCACCUAACUUCUCUCUCCACAGACUCAUCUCCAGGGGACUUUGGGCACACAUCACCACUGGUGACUCAAAGUUUAACUCCCAUUACCUCAACAGUUUCAAUGACAACUGUACCUAGACAAUCAACAGUACUCUUAGCUAGUACCUCUACUCAGCAAUCAAUAACGUUUUCUCAGAGUCAACGUACAGCAAACACGGAGAUUAGCAGCAAUGCUCAAACCAGCAUGCUUACAGAGGUGACCACAGCAAGUCAUUCAUCUGCCCCCAUCGGACCCACUCUGACUAAGACCUUUUCUCACGGGACGUCCUCUCCAGGAAUGAUCACAAGCUCUCUGAAGACAGACAGCUGGAGAAACACUACAUCACUCUCUACAACCUCCUUAACCCUUACCUCCUCCAGCACUCCCAGAGGUUCCAGCUCAACAGCUUCCCCACUCCCUAUCUUACCAGGGCAAGGCAUUCCCCUGUUCCCGUACGGGUCAAGUCCUGCAGUUCGAGACCUGCAGUUAUUUGCCAGGGCUGUGGAUUUUACCUCACCACUCUUCAAGAUCCAGAUUGGUUUCCCCCUCGGCUCUUCUCUGCGGGAUUCCUUCUACUUCACAGAUAAUGGCCAGAUCAUUUUCCCAGAGUCAGACUACCAUAUUUUCUCCUACCCCAACCCACCUCUGAGAGGAUUCACAGGAUGGGAUCGUGUGGCCAUGGUGGCUCCAUUCUGGGAUGAUGCUGAUUUCUCAAGCUACAGAGGAACCAUAUUUUACCAGGAAUAUGAGACACUCUAUGGUGAAAGCAGCCCAUUAAUCCGGGAGGUAGAGACUUUGAUUAACAAGUUCACAGAUGACUGGAGCUACAAAGCCAAGUGGACCCUGAAGGUCACAUGGGUCAAUGUCCCUGCUUAUCCUGCCCAGUGGAACUUCGGGACCAAUACCUACCAAGCCAUCCUCUCCACAGACGGCAGCAAGUCCUAUGCCCUGUUUCUCUACCAGAGUGGUGGGAUGAGGUGGGAUGUGACCCAGAGUCCACGCAACUCAGUCCUCAUGGGCUUUUCCAGUGGAGAUGGGUAUUUUGAAAACAGCCCGCUGACAUAUCGGCCAGCGAUGGAGAAGUACCAUCCAGAUCAAUUCCUGAACUCCAAAUUAGGCAUCCGGGGACUGCAGAUCUAUAAGCUACACAGAGAGGAGAGACCCAACUACCGACUCAAGUGCCUGUGGUGGUUAAACAGCCAGCCUCAGUGGCCCCAGUGGAGCCAGAUCUCCUGCCCUUGCUCCUGGCAGCAGGGACGAUGGGACUUACGGUUCCAGCCCGUGUACACAGGCUGGUGGGACCGCAGGAGCAGGCAGCUGUGCAGCUUCUCCUCCCAGCAGAGGGGUGUGUGUUGCAGCUAUGGGCGCUGGGGAGAGUUCCGAGAAGGCUGGAGCGUGGAAAGUCCUUGGCUAUUUGAUCAGAAGCUGGAGGUGCAGAACUGGUGUUGCCACUGGAAUGACAAGCCCCACUUCUGUGUCCUGUACCAGCUAAGGCAUCCCCCUGUGAGCUGUGCUGGGUACAGACCCCCACGGCUUGCCUGGGCAUUUGGGGACCCCCACAUCAUCACUUUGGAUAAUGUCAGUUACACCUUCAAUGGGUUGGGGGACUUCCUGCUGGUCCAAGCCAGGGACAGAAACUCGUCCUUCCAGCUGCAGGGCCGCACUGCUCAGACCGGCUCAGCCAGUGCCACCAACUUCAUUGCCUUUGCUGCUCAGUACAACACCAGUAGCCUGGGCUCUAUCACAGUUCAGUGGCACCUUGAAGCCAAUGACACAAUCCAUGUUCUACACAAUAACCAGACUGUGAGCUUCAAUGCCAGCCACACAGAUGCAGAAGGCCUGGAAAUAUUCAACACCACUGGCAUUCUACUGACCCGCAAUGGCUCUGAGGUCUCAGCCAACUUUGAUGGGACAGUAACCAUCUCAGUGAUCGCUCUCUCCAACAUCCUCCAUGCCUCCUCUGGCCUCCCUGAGGAGUACUGGACCCACACAGAGGGACUCCUGGGGGUCUGGAACGGCAAUCCAGAAGAUGACUUCAGGAUGCCGAAUGGUACCACCAUCCCAGGAAACAGCUCUGAGGAGGAACUUUUUCACUACGGAAUGACCUGGCAUAUCAAUGGGACAGGCCUCCUUGGAACAAGGACUGACAAUCUGCCUCCCAAUUUCAUCCCUGACUUCUUCUCCCAACUUUUGGAAAAGAAUGACUUAGAUACACACCAUAAAUUGACAUCAGUGUGUAACGGCGGCUUACAAUGCAUCCAGGACGCUCUGGCCACAGGAAAUGUGAACAUUGGACUCAUUACCGGAAAAAUCUCUCAAAGAUACCAGGAGAUGAACGCCACCCUCAAUCGGAACCCACCCUCUGUCAACUGCUGCAGUGAGAUUCAAGCCUACAAGGGGCAGACACAGAGGAUUCAGGUCACUAGCGACUCUGAGAAUGUCACCUUCACCCUCAGCAACCACUGCACUGACUUUGUGCUCCUUGAGAACGGGAGUUUGCUAUGGACACCGACAGUGCCAGAACCAUGUACUCUGGAGAUUGUAGCAAGUCAUGCUAUGGACGGCUUGUUUUCUAUAGUCCAGCCCAAGACUGUGGCCUGCUUCUGCAGACACCAGAGCCAGUGUUUGUACAAUGAGACCAGAAGGGCAGGCAAUUCCUCUCUUGAAUUGACCAGCUGCAAGUGUGAUGGGGAUACCUUUGGCCAAUACUGCGAACACUCUAAGAACCUCUGUGAAGAGCAGUGCUUCCCAAAUGUGCCUUGCAUUCCUGGGAAGGGCUGUGAGGCCUGCCCUCCAAACAUGACCGGAGAUGGACGUCACUGUGCAGCUCUGGAGGACUCCUUACUUUGCCAGAACCAUUCCUGUCCUGUGAAUUAUUGCUACAACGGUGGCCACUGCUACAUCUCUGGGGCUCCGGACUGCCAGCCCACUUGCACCUGCCCCCCAGCCUUCACCGAUGCUCGCUGUCUCUUGGCUGGGAACAAUUUCACUCCAACCAUCCUCCGAGAGAUUCCCUUAAGGACCAUCCGGCUCUCACUGAGGGAAAAUAGAAACGCCUCCAAAGCUGAUGUCAACGCCUCGGUGGCAUACAGACUGGGGACACUGGCAGUGCGGGCUUUUCUACGGAACAGCAUGGUGGGACUGAUACGAAUCUCUCCCCCAGCACUGGGCUCAAAAAUCUCCAUUCAGCACUGGACAGUCAUCUCACACUUCCAGUAUCGCCCGGCGGGCCCAGUCAUCCACUUCCUGAACAACCAGCUGCUGGAUGCUGUGGUGGAGGCCUUCCUCCUCCAGGCUCCGAGAGAGACGCAGACAAGUAUCCAGGGCAAGAACAACGUGGCCUUCUUCCCCAUCUCAAGGGCAGAUGUGCAUAAUGAGAUGGCUUUGAACCUGAGCACACUGGAGACUUACUUCACAUGUGAUGGCUACCAGGGCUACCACCUGGUCUACAGCCCCCAGAAUGGCCUCACUUGCGUGUCCCCCUGUAGAGAGGGUUACUGUCAGAAUGGAGCCCAGUGCCAGCACCUGCCCGAUGGGCCCCGCUGCAGCUGUGUGUCCUUCACCAUCUAUGUGUCCUGGGGCGAGCACUGUGAGCAUCUGAGUGUGAAACUCGGGGCAUUCUUCGGAAUCCUCUUUGGAGCCUUGGGCGCCCUCUUGCUGCUUGUGGCAUCUGUGGUCUUUUGCUUCUGGGGCUACUUGGCAAACAGGUCCUCCUACCCUCUGACCUCAGAAUUCUGAGGCAUCACUUCAGACUGUCAGCAACACCUAGGAUACCUCAGGACCCAUCCAUCAACCUGCCACUGCUCUGAGGAGACUGGACAGGGAGCGAAGGUGAUUUGGGAUUCUUCAAGAAUGAAUAGAGUGAAUAAGACCAGACUACACCUUGUCAGUAGAUCAGGGGUACAGGAAAGGACCAUGAAGACCAAAGAUAUAAAUGGAUGGGUUCCCACACUGAUAUAACCUCAAGGAGAACAGUAGCCUAUAUGUAAGUGCAACCUACACACACACACACACACACACACACACACACACACACACCAGAGGUAGUGGGGUAAUUGUCUCUACAUUAACCAAAAUGUUUUUACACAUAAAAC